AUGGGCCUCCACUUGCUUUCUAUAGCACUAAUUCUCAAUCUGCUUCAUUCGUUGAGCACACAACGAGACAAUGGGAUUGUAGGAGAUCCAAUCGUUGACUGCGCGGAUAGUUACUUCGAGGUUUUAUUCGAGACUCGAAAGCCUUUCCAAGGUUUGGUAUUUGUGAAAGAUCAUCUAGAGGAUCCUCAUUGUCGCAGUUUUCCAAGCAACUCCAUCAAUCCACAAAACGCCAGCCUUCGCCUCACCUUCAAAGAAUGCGGCGUUGAACGACGUAUUUCGACUUCACCGCGCGGAGUUUUUCUGUCCACAUCAAUCAUAGUCGCCUUCAAUUUCGAUUUCCUAACGAAAGUGGAUCGAGUAUAUAGAGUGCAGUGUUUCUACAUGGAAAUGGAACGACGUGUCGAAAAGGAAAUUAUCAUAAACAUGCCACCUCCAACACUUCAUAUGAAGCAAGUUCCGAUGCCAGUUUGUACAUAUGAAGUUUUGGACGGUUCACCCAGUGGAAAACCUGUCUACUACGCUAGUGUGGGGCAAAUGGUUUAUCACAAGUGGAAAUGUGAAGCGGAACAAAAGGAUGCGUUCUGUAUGGUUGUACAUUCAUGCUUUGUUGACGAUGGAAACGGUGAACGAGUGCAACUUCUUAACGCAAGAGGCUGUGCAAUGGACAAGUAUUUAUUAACAAACUUGGAGUAUCCUGAGGAUCUGUUGGCUGGACGAGAAGCUCACGUUUACAAGUAUGCAGAUCGAGAUAACAUGUACUUUGAUUGUCAAAUUACGCUCCGAAUUAAAGAGCCUGGAACAGAGUACUGUGAGAACGCCCUCUGCAUGAGCAACUUUGGUCUGGUUGUCGUAGGUGUGUUCAACAUCACUAUUAUUCUGAUUUCUGCAACGAUUUUGCUGCUCGCAGCUCGUCUUCAUGCAUUAAAUAAGAAACUACAGUGCUAG